AUGGCUCUCGAUUCGGCCUUUGCUGAUUUGGCGGAGCGCCUCAAAGGAAUAAAUCUGGAUUCCGAAACGACCGCGUUGGUGCUGACUAGCUUUCUCAAGGAGCGACAAGCACAAGCAGAGCGGGAGGAGCGACAAGCAGCAGAGCGGGAGAAGCGACAAGCAGAGCGGGAGGAGCGACAAGCACAAGCAGAGCGGGAGCGACGACAAGCAGAGCGGGAGGAGCGACAAGCACAAGCAGAGCGGGAGGAGCGACAAGCACAAGCAGAGCGGGAGCAGAGCGGGAGCGGGAGCGGGAGGAGCGAAACGCAGUGGUUGGUUGAUCAGGUUUUCCCGCCGCCCCUCGUGUCCACAAACGGCUGUCUAACAACGCAAAUGUCUGGAACGAAGGACUCACAGCGUACCCUCACUUUGUUUAUGGCUUGUCAGCUCGAGUGCCUCGUGCAAGAUUUUGCGCCUCCUCAAGGCUAUAACCUCGUGAAGCAUCUAGCAAGCAUGUCGGUCGACGACGUUUCCUUUUUGUACACUCUCUGCAAGAAAAACCGUCUUACUUGCGACCAGCUUGAAAACUAUGUGCACAUUCCUGGUAAAGCAUCGCUCGCUGGCUUGGCGCGGGACAGGCGACGGCUGUUUCCCGCCUGCCCUGUGCGCAUGGACGUGCUCAAGCUUACUUGUGGUGCCUUGGGACCGUCAAUAAUUCUUAGAACACAAGUGGACCCCGAAGGGAGCCUCGUUGCCCUCGAACGUGGAGGCCAAAGUGCCCACGAUGUCACCCUCAAACACCCCGAAAAUUAG